AUGGCCCUCAGUAUCCGGCAGAAGAGGGUGCGAAGAAUCACCGAAGACCCAGUCCAUGGAGUUGCGGUGCAAGGCCCUGUGGAUGGUCUGGCUACUGGCACCCCACUCUAUAGUCUGGCGGUGCAAGGCACUAUGAAUGGAAGGAUUACUUGUAGACCAAGGGGUUGGAGGUUUGGUACCUGGAAUGUAGGCACGUUGACAGGAAGAAGUUUGGAAAAGGUGGAGGAAUUACAGAGGAGAAUGGUUGACGUGGCUGCAUUACAGGAGAUCAGAUGGAAGGGAGAAGGUACAAGGUUUAUGGGGGCUAAAGGUGGAAGGAAGGAAGAGAAGGAUAGAUUUUAUGAUGAUGUCUCUGACGAGAUUGGGCAAGCGGGGUUGGAUGAGUUUGUGGUGUUGUUGGGUGAUUUAAAUGGUCAUGUGAAGGCGGAUGCAGACGGAUAUGAAGGUGUACAUCGGGGAUGGGGAUAUGGUAUACGUAAUGAGAAAGGGUGUAGAGUGUUGGAGUUGGCGGAUGCACAUAGCAUGGUGAUGGGGAAUACCUGGUUUACAAGGGAACCAGCACGAUUAAUUACGUAUAGGUCAGGAGAAAAUAGGUCAAUGAUAGAUUAUAUAUUGGUAAGGGCGAAGCAUAAAAAGUAUGUAAGGAAUGUGAAGGCGAUACCUGUAAAUUACAUAAUAUUGUCAUUAGACCAGACGCAAUCGUACUAA